AUGCCCACUCCAUCCUCACCCAUCCUCACCACCACCUCCCGCCUCUACAUCUCCCUCCUCGACCCCACCAACCCGAGACACAGCACUUUCCUCUUCCACUGCUGGACCACCCCGGACUUCACCACCUCCUGCGGUCCCUCCGCCUUCAAGACCCCCGCCGACGCGACCCAAUUCCUCACCACCCGCGUGCAAACCCUCUACAACACCUCCAACUACACCCGCGGCAUUUUCCUCCUCUCGCUCAGACCCCACCCCGCAGCUACACUGCAGGAAAGUGUCCCGAUUGGCACCAUGUCCCUAAUGCAAGGCACCCCACCCGACGGGUAUCUGUGCCCGGAUCUCGGGUUUGUCGUGCUCCCCGAGCAGAGUGGGCGGGGCUACGCUACCGAGGCGGGGAGGGCGUUGGUGGCCUAUGCUUGUGAGGAGCUGGGGGUGGCCGGGGUGUUUGGGUUCUGUGAGAUGGGCAAUGCGCGCAGUCGGCGGGUGCUGGAGAAGAUUGGGUUGGAGUUUAGGGGGGAGAAGGAGUUGCGGGUGUUUGGGGGGAAGAGGAGUGCGGUUUAUGCGUUGUCGGGGAUGGAGAGGGAUUUGAGGAUUUAUGGGGUUGAUGAUUGA